AUGCAUGCUAGCAAGGUAAUUUCCAAUAUUGAUGAGUGUAUUGCAGGCAACUAUUCCUGUGGAGCGAACUCCAGAUGCGUCAACGUUCCUGGAAAUUACAGUUGUCCCUGUGUGAACGGAUUUGGCAUUUUACCGACAAAUAAUUCAUGUAAAGAUAUCGACGAAUGCAAUCCAAGCAGUGGUUAUAUUCACGGCUGCCAGAUGAAAUGUAACAAUUUUGUUGGUGGAUAUAGGUGCAGCUGUAACCGCGGAUUUAACCUUACAUCAAAUGGAAAGAAUUGCUCGGAUCAUGAUGAAUGCGAGGGCAAUGUACACGGAUGUGAACAACACUGUAUAAACUGGCCUGGAGGUUACACGUGUUCCUGUUCACGGGGAUAUAGACUGAAUACUGAUGUGAAGACAUGUAGCGAGAUAAAUGAAUGUUUGGAGAAUAUAUCUGGGUGUGCUCAAGAUUGUACGAAUACAAUUGGCGGCUUUAAUUGUUCCUGUAGAAAAGGCUACUUCCUUGGCACGGAUCAAACGUCUUGUAUUGAUAUCGACGAGUGUUCAAAGCAAGUGGAUUACUGUCACCACAUAUGUUCAAACACUCCAGGAAGCUACAAGUGUUCCUGCAGGGCAGGGUUUGAUCUACGUCUCGAUCGAAAAAGUUGUAUAGGUCGACCAUGUUUUCCGUUACACAAGCCUUUAAAUGGAAUAAAGAACUGUACUGGUUACUGGACGGAUGAUAGAUGUAACUUUGGCUGUCUGCAUGGCUACAAUUUAAUUGGGUCCGUGGACAGAACAUGCGGCUCAAAUAAACAAUGGACUGGAAAUGAUACCGAAUGUAAAAUAACUCAUUGUGUAAAUCCCAAAAGACCGUCCAAUGGCUUCGUGUACUCCCCGUGUUCCACUCAUUAUGGCUCAAAAUGCUCGCUUGGCUGCAAUGAUGGGUAUCGCAUUGACACUGACGUAAUUACCUGUGAUGCUAAUGGACUUUGGCAACCAACUAACGUUUCCUGCAAAGAAAUUGAAGUUUGUCGACCCAACCCCUGUUUUCACGAAGGAAAAUGUUCCAUAGUCAAUGAGGACUCCUAUAAAUGUGACUGUUCCAGCACUGGAUACAAGGGCACUAACUGUGAAAUCGCUUUCUUUACAAUUUUUGAGUACCCCACCAUACUCCCCAAUGUUGUCUCCCCACCAAUAACGAUCAUCGCGUUACAACCGACCAACCAAGUCAUACUACAUCUAAUUAAUCGUAAUCUUGAUUUCACUCCAUCUGUGCUUGUUUUUCAUAGCAAUAGUUCAUUGAAUCAGUCUGUAACGGUGAAAGCUAAAAAAGAAGGGCUUUAUUUCAUUAAGUAUUCGCUAUCUGGUCCAAGCGCGGGAGAAUAUUCUUUGCCUGAAGAAGAUACUCUUUUUGUGAGCUCACCUAAAAAUUCAACUGAUACUUUUCAAAUGGGGAACAACAUAUUUCCUUUUCCAGCUGGUUGCCACAAAAAGCAAAUCGGAGUUGUUCAUGGAUCAAAACUUCCCAUUGUGGUUUCUUCAACAUCUUCUUUCGUUUCUUUUGGACCGUUGUCAGUGACCGAAGGCAUAGUCAGUAUUUAUGUCAGUAACUCUAGCAAAUUACCUUUAUCCCUAGUUGGUCUAAAUCUACCAAACACAAGCAUAAUUUCUGAUGCGACCACCUGUGUCGACAAUGACGUCGUUCUUUAUAGUAUAGGGUCACUUUUAAGAUCACGUGUUCUGGCUAAAUCAUUCAUUGAUGCUAUAAAGAAUAGCUUGCCAUCGUGGAUAAAAAUUACGUUGAGUGAGGCAAAUUCGGUUAAAACGAUGUACUCCUCGGAAAAGAAGACAUACUUCCUAAAUGGAAAAAAUAUGCGCACGGCAAGCAUUGGGAAAGGUCUACCGGUAGUCGACGAAUCUUUUUAUUCCAUGCUUUCCACAAACAAUUUGAAUAUCACCGUGGAGAACAAUACUGAUAUUUUUAAAUCUAAUCCGAUCGCUUUGGCUGUGGAACUCGACGGAAAAUUGCCAUCGAAUAUUUCCAAGAACAAUUCAAUAGAAAGACCAAAAAAGAAUGGCUUUUGGGACGGUGACAAAUUCUUCAACGUUAAAUCUUCGUCAGACGGUACGUUUGCAGCGGUAACGUCGCUUGAAAAACAUUUCAAGAAUACAACUUUCGCCGCUGAUUUAAGAAUGCAAUUUGAUGGAACUAUCAUUACUCACGUGGAAAAUAUUAACAAGAUCUUAGAUUCCCCGUUAUAUCAGCAAUGGGAUGUUGACCUAUAUGGUAAAAUCUCUCUCACGAUUUUAUUCCAAAUGCAAGGAAAGACGGUCAACCUCCGUUUCAAACGACAAGAAUCAGUUAAUUAUGCUGGUUUCGGAGACAGCAACGAAAUACAUCAAGGAAAAAAAGGAUUCUUUCUCAGGACUAUUAUGGAAAAAGAUCCAUUUCUUAACACAUCCUUUGAAACAUUUCUCUAUAUGAGUGCCAAUAGGACAAUUUCAUGUUUUCUUGACACCAACUUGUAUAAGGAAAAGAAUAGUUUUCAUCAUGUAGAAGUUUCCAACGGACUAAGUUGUGUCUUUCGCGGCAACUUAAGAAUUGGUGAUUUAAAAUUUCAGCCAAUGCAGUUGAAUCUUUUUAUGGGCAGACCACUUCGUAAUAAUAACAAUGCCGAAAGUGCUAACAAGUCAACCGACGAGAGUGUUCACCUCAUUGGAUCGUGCGCUGAAUCGAAAAACGAAACAUUUGGCAUAUUCAAACCCUACCCUGACUAUUGCCUUGGGAAAAUCAAAUCUUCAAUGUUGAGGGUCGAUUUGAAAGAAACAAAGAUGGAACCGAUUUUGCGACUGCGUUAA